AUGUCAUUAUCACAACGUCUGCCAGCACAUGGCGAUGAUUUAGACGAUUAUGGUCUAGACGACGACCUGGACAACCCUUUUGCAUCUCCAACUCCCCCGCCAGAAUCAUCAAGCAAGAAGAGAAAAGAGCCACCCUCUGGGCUUGGCAUCGAAGAGGAGGUUUCAGUGCAGAAGCGUGUGCGGGUUCCAAAUGUGAAGCUUGACGAAGAGAGACUAUUAGGCCCAGCUGGAAUCCCCAAGCUAAGAAAAAGAGCAGCAGGGCUCAAACUCAAAGGCAAAGGCCAUGAAUUCUCAGACGCCUCUCGCCUCCUCUCCUUCUACCAGCUAUGGCUCGACGACCUCUUCCCCAAAGCCCGCUUCCUCGACGCCCUCGCCAUGGUCGAAAAGGCCGGCCACAAAAAGGCGCUCGUGACGGCACGAGACGGAUGGAUCAACGAAGGGCGGUCCAAGGCGAGCCACGAUGAUGACGACGAGCUGGGCAUUGGAGCCGUCAAUAUCAAUGAUGACGAUUUGUACGAUGCUACGCCUCGAGGGGCGAGGAGAUUUAUGAAUAUGCUUCGCGAUGAUGCGCCAGCGGCAGCGCCGGCAGCGGCAGCGAAGGACGAUGAUAUGCCUGAUGACGAUGAUUUGGAAGCGCUCAUGGCGGAGGCAGAGAGCAUGGAUAGUCGGAGGCUUCUUACCGCCAUGACAAAUACUACUGCUACUACCAGCAAGCAAAAUACUACGACUACUACAGCCAGUACAAUUGGCCCAGAAGACGACGACGACGACGACUAUCUAAACGCCCUCAUUGCAGAAGCAGAAGCACAAGAUCGGCAACCUACAAAGAAAACGGGCGAUGGCGCAGCUUCAGCAGACAAGGGACACGACUUUGCGGACGAAGAGGAGGCUAUGCGGGAGAUGGACGGUUUGUGGUGA